AUUCAACUAUUUCGUUCGCAUGGUUAAAUUUUUAUUAAAAUUAAGAUUUUAGAGAAGUUAAUUGGAGAAGUUCAAGCUUUUAAUAAAUAAUAGAGGGUGCCAUACCAACUAGAUAUACAAUUAUUGUGUAAACAUCUAUAAUGUCGGCUUUACGAGCAACUUUGGGUCGUUCGGCUUUAUGUUCCAGAAGGUUAUUUUAUAAUUCCCUGAACAGAAGCAGAUUUAUACCAGGAUGCGCCAAUACUUACAAUAAAUUUAAUGAUAGCCUUUUUUCCAAGGCACGGAGAAAUUACAGCACUGAAGCAGCAGCAUCUGAAAAAAAAACAAGUGAAACUCUAAAGGGAACCUCAGAGAAGAGAGAGUUCCAGGCAGAAACACGCAUGUUGCUGGACAUCGUGGCCAGAUCACUGUAUUCAGAUAAAGAAGUUUUCAUCAGAGAGUUGAUUUCUAAUGCCAGUGAUGCACUGGAGAAGUUCCGCUACUUGACUGUGAGCUCCGCGCCAGAUACACCACAGCUGCUGGAAACUGACCGCUCCCUAGAGAUCAAACUCUCCACUGACAAGCAGAACAGAACUAUUACAUUCCAGGAUUCCGGUAUUGGUAUGACCAAAGAAGAGUUGACUGACAACCUGGGCACCAUAGCCCGCUCUGGUUCCAAGUCCUUUAUUGAAGAGAUCAAGAAACAGGGUGCGGAGCAGGCCAAUUCUAUCAUUGGUCAGUUUGGUGUUGGUUUCUACUCAGCCUUCAUGGUGGCGGACAAAAUAGAAGUCUUCACUAGGAGUAGCAAGGCUGGCUCACCAGGAUAUAAAUGGUCUUCUGAUAUGUCUGGAAUGUAUGAGAUCCAAGAAGCAGAGGGAGUACCAAUCGGCACUAAAAUUGUAGUUUAUCUAAAAACUGACUGCAGAGAAUUUUCUGAUGAAGACACUGUUAGAAAUAUCAUAAUGAAGUACAGCAACUUUGUAAGCAGCCCAAUCUUCCUGAAUGAUGAACAAGUGAACUCUAUAAAGCCCCUCUGGCUAAUGGAGCCAAAAGAAGUAAAAGAAGAGCAACACACAGAGUUCUACCGCUUCAUAAGCAAUUCGUACGACAAGCCUCGCUACACGCUGCACUACAAGACCGACGUUCCACUGAGCAUCCGCUCCAUACUGUAUGUGCCCGAGGGAAAACCCGGACUGUUUGAACUCUCCCGGGACUCUGAUGUUGGUGUGGCCCUGUAUUCCAGAAAGAUCCUGAUUAAGAGCAAAGCGGAAAACAUUCUGCCGAAGUGGCUGCGGUUUGUUAAAGGUGUUGUUGAUUCUGAGGACAUUCCACUAAAUCUUAGCAGAGAACUUCUACAAAACAGUGCUCUUAUUGGUAAACUACGUUCGGUGUUGACGAACCGCUUCCUGAAGUUCAUGCUGGACCGGUCUCAGAAGGACGUGGUCGGGUACGACGCCUUCUACAAGGACUACAGCCUCUUCCUGAAGGAGGGCAUCGUCACUAGUCAUAAUCCUGUGGAAAGGGAAGAAAUCUCAAAACUGUUGCGCUUCGAAUCCUCAAAACUGGACAGAGGAGUCAGGACGUCCCUCGCCGAGUAUGCCGCGAGACAGAAGGAAGACCAAAGAACUAUUUACUACUUGGCUGCUCCGAGCCGUGAGCUAGCAGAAACGUCCCCCUACUUCGAGUCACUGAAGAAGCGUGACGUGGAAGUGAUAUUCUGUUACGAGAUGUACGACGAGCUCGUGUUGCUAGAACUGAAGGAGUUCGGCGGCCGCGCGCUCGUCUCCGUAGAGAGCGACAUGCAGAAGGACCCCAAUGAUAGGCCCGAAGCUGUGAUUGGUAGCGAAGGUCUGCAACAAUCUCAAGUAGAUGAAUUAGUUUCAUACCUAAAGGGUCAACUAAAGGGCAAGGUGUUCGACGUGCGCACCACGUCUCGCCUAGACUCGCACCCCUGCGUCAUCAUCGUGCCGGAAAUGGCCGCCGCCCGCCAUUUUGUACGGACCAAGGCGCAAGACAUGAGCGAGGAAAACAGAUUCGCGCUGUUGCAGCCACAGUUGGAAAUUAAUGCUAAGCACCCGAUAAUUAAGAAGCUACACAAACUACUGUCCAGUGAUAAGGACUUGGCCAACAUGGUGUCUCAACAGCUGUUCUCUAACGCCAUGGUCACCGCCGGGCUCGUGAUGGACCCCAGGAACUUAAUUACACACAUAAAUGACCUGCUAGAGAAAGCUUUGGAGAAACAUUAGUUAGGAUUAUUGUUAUUUAGUUGUAGUCUAAAAUUAAAUUUGGAGUAUUUCCAAUAAUUAUGUUAAUAAAAAAAAUGAUUUUAAUA